AUGGCCGAAAAAUUCAAGCUGCCCAAUCUUCUUGGAGAGGGAAUGAUCAAGGGACGACAAAUUGCAACUCUCGCCGUCCCCGAAUGGCAAGAGCACAUUUCAGAAAUUGAGCUGCGCCAGAUUCUCAACGAAUGUGUCGCCACAGCCAUCAUCACCGCCAUCGUCAGCCGCUACGUCUGCCUCCACCCCAAAUGCCGACUCCUCCUCAAGGACGACAAAGCCAUUUUCCCUCACAUCCGCUAUUUUCAUCCCGAGCAGUUGAAGGAAAACAGCGUUGGCCGCCGAAAGAGAAAAGCCGCCUGGAAGUACCGCUCAUUAGACAACAUGGAUGACUGCCCCGCUGGCAAGAAAUUCCUCUUUGGAUUCAAGGACAAGGACUCCAACUUCUAUGAAAAAGUUUCCACUUCCGAAACGACCGUUCUCUACACUUCUCGCCACAUUAACGCUACUCCAACCCAGUUCGAGCAUCCUAUUCCUGUUCACAACUUUCCCGCUCAUUACGAUUCUGACUCUGACUAA